AUGCUUUGGGAGGCAUGGUGGUGGUGGUGGUGGUGGUGGUGGUUUCGUAUUCACUGUGGGAAUAAAUUUUGUGUUCACUUGAAAAUUCCUUAUAAGCGGCAAACUUACUCAGGAUCACGAUCAGACGCCAUUAGACGCGCGCUGAUUGGUCCAGCGGGGAGCUCGCUUUUCUUCCCUGAUCCGGCUGCCGGUAUAAAUAUUGAAAAACGGAGAAAUCUUCGCGUCAUUCAACUUGUAGAUCGUGUAGCCUGCGCUGCUGCUGCUGCUGCUGCUACUACGCGUCACCCCCAGCAAACUACCACUACUACUACUACUACAACAACUGCAUCACCACCACCAUCAUGUCUGGACGUGGCAAGGGUGGGAAAGUGA